AUGGCUUCUAACGGCUCCGACUCCCUCGUGGGCUCGCCCACCUUACCUUCUACUGUUUCUUCCCAAGCCGCUUCUUCGAUCCAGGACACACGAAACAUUGUCCGAAGAAAGCUGACUGGCUACGUUGGGUUUGCCAACCUACCUAAUCAGUGGCACCGUAAGAGCGUACGCAAGGGCUUCAACUUCAACGUGAUGGUUGUUGGCGAAUCUGGUCUUGGCAAGUCCACCCUUGUAAACACACUUUUCAACACCUCCCUGUAUCCUCCCCGAGAGCGCAAAGGCCCCAGCCACGACAUUAUUCCCAAGACAGUCCAGAUCCAAGCCAUCAGCGCCGAUAUCGAGGAAGCUGGAGUCCGCCUCCGCCUAACUGUUGUGGAUACUCCUGGAUUUGGUGACUUUGUCAACAAUGACGAGUCCUGGCGCCCCAUUGUUGAUGACAUCGAGCGCCGUUAUGACGCUUACCUCGAUGCGGAGAACAAGGUCAACCGCAUGAACAUUGUCGACAACCGUAUACAUGCUUGUGUCUUCUUUAUUCAGCCCACAGGCCACUCUCUUAAGCCUCUUGAUAUCGAAGUUAUGAGACGAUUGCACACCAAGGUCAACUUGAUACCUGUCAUUGCCAAAUCCGAUACCUUGACCGAUGAGGAGAUUGCCAGCUUCAAGGCCAGAAUUCUAGCCGACAUCAAGCAUCACGGCAUCCAAAUUUUCGAGGGCCCCAGAUACGAGUUGGAUGAUGAGGAGACUAUUGCUGAGAACAAUGAAAUCAUGUCCAAGGUCCCUUUUGCGGUGGUUGGUGCGACCAACGAGAUCAAGACGGCCGACGGCCGGGCUGUUCGCGGACGUCAGUACCCAUGGGGCCUCAUUGAGGUGGACAACGAGGAGCAUUGCGACUUUGUCAAGCUCCGCCAGAUGCUUAUCCGAACCCACAUGGAGGAGCUCAAGGAGCACACCAAUAACACCCUGUACGAGAACUACCGUACCGACAAGCUUAUUGCCAUGGGCGUGUCGCAAGACCCUAGCGUCUUCAAGGAAGUCAAUCCUGCUGUCAAGCAAGAAGAGGAGCGUGCUCUGCACGAGCAGAAGCUAGCCAAGAUGGAGGCUGAAAUGAAGAUGGUGUUCCAGCAGAAGGUGGCUGAGAAGGAGAGCAAACUCAAGCAAUCCGAAGAGGAACUCUAUGCCCGCCACAGAGAAAUGAAGGAACAACUCGACCGCCAGCGAGCAGAGCUGGAGGACAAGAAGCAACGCAUCGAGAGCGGGCGGCCGGUGGAGAAGGAAGGCAAGCGCAAGGGCUUUUCACUCCGUUAA